GGUUGGACAGCGCUGUAUUUUUGUUUUUUUGGCCUGUGAUUUUUGAUGAGUUUUGUUGGUGCUGGCUUUGUUCCUUUUUGCUUGAUGAUUUUUUCUUUGUCCUUCUUGCUGCUGGGAUGGCGAGUAUCUUACUGGUGUAGGCGGCAGUGACGGAACUUUACUUUGUCGUGUAAGCGAGCUGAGAGGGAAUGAAUGAUAAGACGAAGCAAGUACAUGUAUUAAGCAUCCAGUUGAUCGAAUUCCUCGUCGUUCUUCAGGUUAAUUACCUUAGUGGACACCCCGUUGUUUCCCGCUCCCGUGUUUGUUUUCUGAGCCCUGACCUGACCGAGGGUGGCCCCAUUUCCCUUUGUUUUAACCUUGGUUUUUCAUUCCUCUACUAUCCGUGUACCCGUUGCCUUUUGUUCAUUCCGAUACGCGCUCCCGUAUACUCGGUGCCUUUGCCUGUGCUCAGCUCUGCUGAGAGACAGACUGAGAUCGACCCCCAGAGAUCCGAGCUUCGUUCCCAUCGCCAGUUUGGCUGGACAGGCAAGCCGGCCAUCUAUUUGCCAUCUGGUGGACGACAUCUCCACCGCCAAUCCCUUCUUGCCAUACGUACUCGUACAUAUCCUCGUACAUAUACCCAUACCUCACCUUACAUAUACCUAACACGGGCACAUACUGGGUUGGCACGUCCGAGCAGAUAGGGCCAUUUCCCUGCUCCUUUGUCCUGUCCGUGUCGGUCACCCCCCCUUUUCUCUUCCCUCUCUUCUCUCCUCUUGCAGUUCUGCUCCCCCCCUCCCCUCUUUUCGGAACCCAGAAACGAGGCCAACGGCUGUCUUAUCUGGACGCCCCAUAGCUAUACCCAGGCAGAGACGGACAAGUUGCUUCGCACGGAGCCUUGCUUGCGAGAUCGAUCCGAUCGCGAGCUGAGUUGAGCCCUGCUCGUUCUGUUCUAUCCUAUCUUGGUUUCGCCGGCGUUCUUUUAUGCUCUGCGCUGUGUCCCG